AUUCAUGGCCUGGACUGCACUAUGUGACGUAAUCUGCCCAAAAUUUGUUUCCUUGUGCCCAACAUCUCUAAAUUUAUUCUUUGAUUUCGCUUCCGCCGUUCUUUUCUUCUCCUAAUAUUUUAUCCCAUGGCUCCAGUUGAAACUGAAUAUUAUGAUCUGCUGGAAGUUUCCGUCGAUGCUGAUGAUAACCAGCUCAAGAGGGGGUAUCGCAAGGCGGCGAUGAAGUAUCAUCCGGACAAGAAUCCUUCCGUAGAUGCUGAAGAGAAGUUCAAGGAAAUUAGUAAAGCAUAUCAGGUUCUGUCAGAUCCUAAUAUGCGCGCAGUAUAUGACAAGAAUGGCAAAGCUAUGACGGACAAGGAAGGAGGCCUGUCGAUGGACGAUGCCGCGGGUUUCUUUGCUAAUGUAUUCGGCGGAGAAAGAUUCCACGAUUACAUUGGUGAAAUUUCAAUCAUGAAAGACAUGACUGAAGCUGCCAGUACAAUGAUGACUGACGAGGAGAAGGCUGAAAUAGAUAAACAGAUUAAUCCAGACAAACCAUCCACUCCACCAGUUGCAGGCGAACAGACACCUGCGAUUCACCAUGAAGAACCUCCUCCCAAUCCUACUUCCGUCGCAAAUACAUCAUCGGAACUUCCUACAUCUUCACCUUCUUCACUCUCCGAAGCCACAACUCAACCCAACGGAAACUCUUCGCUUGUUAUCCAUGGAGAACAUGCCCAGUCACCGUCACCCUCUCCUUCCCAUAGCGUAGCCGAAAAGGAAAAACUAGAGAAGGAACGGGAAGCCGCUCGUAAGCGCAAAGCCGAACAGAAGGAAAAACUUCGAGAGCAGGAGAAGGAGAGGAGAAAGGUCAUGGAAGCUCGGGUAAACAUGCUCACUACAAAGAUGAUUGAGCGAUUGCGACCUUUUGUUGAUGCGAAACACCCUGGCGACAAGGACGAUCCAGAAACACUUGCAUUCGAGGCAAAGAUGAAACGAGAGGUCGAGGAUCUGAAAUUAGAGAGCUUUGGCGUGGAGCUUCUGCAUACCAUUGGCAACGUAUAUAUGAUGAAAGCUACAUCCUUCUUCAAGUCGAGAAAGUUUUUGGGGAUUCCAGGAUUCUUCUCUCGGCUCAAAGAAAAGGGAACUCUCGCCAAAGACGUGUGGGGAGUGAUUGGCAGCGCCUUGAGUGUACGGGACACGAUAUUGGAAAUGGAGAAAUUACAAGCCAAAGGCGAUGUCGAUGAGGCUGAACUCAAGGCUCUAGAAAUGGAUGUCACCGGCAAAAUAAUGCUUGCCUCCUGGCGCGGCGCCCGUUUCGAAGUUGUUCAAGUUUUGAGAGAAGUUGUUGACAACGUGUUGAAGGAACCCGGUGCCUCGGAAACUGUGCUUCUCAAUCGAGCUAAGGGCUUAAUGCUCAUGGGGGCAAUCUUCAAAGCUGCAGAACCAGAUGAGUCUGACGAAGAGCGUCGUGAGUUAGAGCGAAUGGUCGCUGAAGCCGCACAGCCCAAACCGAAACCGAAAGUAGGCAAGGGUAAAGACACCUCGCGACAUGCUCACCAUGUCAAGGAAACUCCGGACCAGACGACGCCCCAACCAGUGGCCACGGCCGGUGCACCUGCUUCCUGAGAAUCAGGACCUUCGUCGUUUGAGUGUCAACGGUCUAAAAACAUGCAAUUUUACCCUCCUAAUCUUAAUGAUGGUCUCGUAUUUCGGUUCUGCGUUCAUCGAUGUUACAGUUUAUACAUUACUACUCGUCCCACAAUAUAUAUAUAUAUGCGGAUAUACCUGGCUAUCCUC